AUGCAACCAGGACAGCCUCUGACGAACCAGACAGCCACGACGCAACCAGACAGCCACAGACGCAACCAGACAGCCACAGACGCAACCAGACAGCCACAGACGCAACCAGACAGCCACAGAUGCAACCAGACAGCCUCUGACGCAACCAGACAGCCACAGACGCAACCAGACAGCCACAGACGCAACCAGACAGCCACAGACGCAACCACACAGCCACAGACGCAACCAGACAGCCACAGACACAAGCGGACACAGAUUCGGCGAAAAGCCACCGCUUCCGAGAGCCUCGGUGACGUCUGCCAGUAG